UCUUCUCAUUCAAUUUUUUUUUCUCUGUUUGUUUCUAUAGUCUUCUCUAGUUAUCUGAUGAGUUGGGAUGUAGUCCAAUCAGGAAAAAAAGUUACGGUUACACUUUCAGAAACUUUUUUCCCCUUAAAAAGUUGGAAGGGUAUCAUUUCUAUCUUGUUUUGAAGCAUUAAAGGCCUCUCUCUAAACGUUGAAAGGUGUCUGUUAUUAAACUCAAAACUUAUUUUCUGGUGUUUGAAAUUUUUCCUUUUUUAUUCUUGGAGAACAAGGAUCAGGCCCUUUAUUUUGUGAAAGCAUUUGUUGUUAAGUAAAGUUAUUCACUGCACAUUUCUUUUGUCUUAUUGGGUGGGUGAAUGGGGAUCCAAAUCUUGGACAUUAUGUGUAACCCUAAUUCUACAAGCACUAAGCCUAGUGGCCCAAACCACCUGUCAUUUACUAGAUCUAUGUAUGUAUGCCUUUGGUAUUGUCCAUGAAAUGAUGGGUAUUUGUUAAUGUUAAAAACAAAAGACAUUUAUUUAUGCCAGCUCUAAGGUAGGAUUGAGGGUUUUGCUGUUUUCAUUGUUUGAUUUGGCUGAGCAUGCAUUCUCUGCAACGCAUUCUCUCAAUGUAAUUGUUUAACAUGCACACAACCUUCAAGUCAACAGUUUAAAAAAAACGUGCACACAAACUUAUCUCAUGUGCUCGUGCUGGUUGCCAAGUAUGUUAUGCUCUUCAAACAAUUUGGGGCCUUCAAAAAUCCAUUAGAGAUAUCUUUAUUCCAUUUUUGAUCAUCCUCUUCCUUUGAAAUCCCUUGGAGGAACUUUAAUUGCAUAUUCUUGGUCCCGACAUUUUCUUGAGAUGCUUGUAUUGCAGAGUUCCCCGGCAGUUGUUACUGGUUGUCUAUCUAUAAUCAAGUUUCCAACUGUGUCCAACUGCUCUUGGUUGCUACAGCUUAUGGAAUAUACUAAUCCCAAUUUUUCCUUGAUCUGUGUUGCGAAAGGCCCAAGACCUAGAUAUCCCCGUGUAUGGAAAACGAGGAAGAGAAUAGGUUCCAUAUCCAAGUCAGAGAAGCUUGUGGAAUGUGUAAGAGAUUUUCUUUAUUUACUGCAGAUAAAGGGAUUGUCAAAUGUCAAGGAAGAAGUUUAUGGGGCUCUUGAUUCAUUCAUUGCUUGGGAGUUAGAGUUCCCUCUUAUUGUAGUCAAGAAAGCACUUAAGAUACUUCAAAAUGAAAAGGAGUGGAAGCGUAUCAUCCAGGUAACAAAGUGGAUGUUGAGCAAGGGUCAAGGAAAGACCAUGGGAAGCUAUUAUACCCUACUGAAUGCUUUAAUUGAAGAUGGAAGACUUGAAGAAGCUGAGGAACUUUGGACCAAGAUAUUUUCGGAAAAUUUAGAAGGCUUGCCGCGAAUCUUUUUUCAUCUCAUCAUUUCGGUUUACUAUAAGAACAACAUGCAUGAUAAGAUGUUUGAGGUAUUUGCUGACAUGGAAGAGCUAGGUGUCAAGCCAAACAAUGCAAUUGUCGUGAUGGUUGGAGAUGAAUUUCAGAAACUGGGCAUGCUGGACAAGUACAAAAAGUUAAAAAAGAAAUAUCCACCUUUAAAAUGGGAAUACCGGUACAUCAAAGGGAAGCGUGUUAAGAUUCUUUCAAAGAACUUAAGUCAAUUUGGUGAGGAUGGAGUUAGGCCACAAAAGGAUGAGCCAAGAAGAAUGAGAGAGGAAUGUGAGAAUGCUACACUCUGUGUAUCUGACAAUGAAAAUGAGGCAUCAUCAGAUGAGGAUGGAGUUAUUCCAGAAAAGGAUGAGCUGAGAAGAACGAGAGAGGAAUGUGAGAAUGCUGCACUCUAUGUAUCUGAAAAUGAAAAUGAGGCCCUUCAAGCUGAAUCAAUAAAUGACCACAGUUUAGUAUCUUAGGUAGCGUUCAUUGUGCAUCAAGGAGAACAUAGCUAACCUAGUGCAAUUGCAACAAGCAUCCUUGCCCCUCAAUCUGGAUGAGGGCUAUGGAUGAUUGUAAUCUGGAUUGAGGUACAUGAAACUGAUAAUUAGGAGCAAGGGAGUUAUAUAUGAGGUUUUUUUGUUGCAAAUUUUGUGCAUUGUAUUUUCAACGACAUCCAUAUCAAUCCAUACUACAGAGCUUGGCGACCACUGAUCUUUAUAAAAGUGUACAUGUAUAUAUGAUUGCUAUUGAAUAUGUUCCAAUUUCUGCAGACA